ACACACCCAAACCAAAGAGAGAGAAAGAAUACAAAGAAAGAAAGCAAAGCAACACACACACUGUGAAUCAAGAGAGAGAGAGAGAGCUAGGGUUUUCAUUUCUAGAGAGAGAAAGAUACAGAGAGAGAGAUAUGAGUUCAACGGGCGGAGCUGGAGGAGGUUCGACCAAGGGAGGAAGAGGAAAGCCGAAGGCCUCGAAGUCGGUUUCGAGGUCGCAGAAGGCUGGGCUUCAGUUCCCAGUUGGUAGGAUCGCUAGGUUUCUCAAGGCCGGAAAGUACGCCGAGCGUGUCGGUGCCGGUGCCCCGGUUUAUCUCUCCGCCGUGCUCGAAUAUCUAGCUGCUGAGGUACUGGAGCUUGCUGGAAAUGCAGCUAGGGACAACAAGAAGAAUAGAAUUGUGCCUAGGCAUAUCCAGCUUGCAGUGAGGAACGACGAGGAGCUGAGCAAGCUUCUGGGCUCUGUAACUAUUGCCAAUGGAGGAGUGUUGCCGAAUAUCCACCAGACCCUUCUGCCUAAGAAGGUUGGCAAAGGAAAAGGCGACAUUGGAUCAGCUUCACAGGAGUUCUAGAAUCCUAGUGCCUUCAUAUAGAUAGGGGUUGUUUUAGUAGUUUGUAACAUAUAUGUGUUUUUCUGUUUUUGUACUUGUGCCAACUGAAUUUUCAUGCUAUGUUUCUUGUUAAUGAAAUGAAUCUUAUUGCUUCUA